AUGUUUUCCAAGAAUCGCCGUCGCCUCUAUAUCGCUUUCUACGUUCGCUCAAUCAGAAAUCCAGACGACGUGAAAUUCCACACCAGCCUUCUCGUCAUGCAGAAGUGUCCGGAUAUAGGGAGUAUGGAGCGCAAUACCUUGAAACUGGACGCCGUGAAUGACAUCACGGAAGACGGCGUGGAAUACUGGAAGUACAACUAUUCCAAGGACGAAACUUUGAAUGAGCUCCUUCAACAAGUUUACGUUUCUCCAAACGCGGACGAUAUCAACUGGCGUUGUCAUAAUUGGGUCUGGGAAGCCGUCGAGCAGCUCCUGGUGGCAAAUGAUAUAGUUCCUCCCCUUCCGGAUGGAAUGACAGCACGAGACGUCUGGCAAGCAAGCUACAGUCGUCUGGAGAACGACGAUUUCAACAACAUGCUCCAAGACCCCGUCCGGACCUUUGAUAUGCGUGGUAAAAUAACUAAGAGUGAAAUCGGGGCGAUCGACAAAUAA